AACUAUUGACAUAGUUAUCACUUCGUUUGGGAGAUCGGUAUAUGAUGUUUUUCUCCUUUGUACAUGKAAGGUCGAUCACGAUUUGUUGAUUCUCGAAGAUUUUGCGCGGCAAAUUCGAGUUGAUUAAGCUGAAAAAAAAACAAGUCACGGCACAUUUACACGCAUUUUCACUUUCGCUCUCCUUGAGUAAUUACAACUUGCUAGUUAGGCUAUGCUGUGCAGUAAAUCGAAUGAAGUCUUGGAGACUUCUUUCGAUUCUUCGUCGGAUSCAAGCAAGUGAAAGCUUCGAAACAAGUCAGCCGCCAUAAAUAAAGACGAGAAGAUUGGAUUCUUCGCUAUCGAUUUUGUUUUUGUUUUGAAUGUGCGGGUUUUUCUUCGCAAUGCUUCGCUAUUUAAAGAAAGGAUUAUUCGUUUUCUCCCCAUUUAUAGCAACAAGACGUGUCCGAGUGAGAAAGAAGUUACCUAAAAUGAUCGGAAUUACAAGAAACUUCGUUCAAAGAUGUUCAAGCUCGAACGUCCAGCUUUCACAGCCUGUGGAGAAGUUGAUAAUCUUGGAAGGUAACAUUGGAGUUGGUAAGACGACUUUAGCUUGUCAACUGGCGCGAAAGCUCAACUAUAAACUGUUCCUUGAACCGACCACAAAGAAUCCAUACUUAGCGAAGUUUUACCAAGACCCAAAGAAAUAYGCUUUGAAGCUGCAACUAUGGAUAUUUCGACAAAGGUUUCACAUGUACGCAAAUGCCGCAAAACAUUUGCUAGAAACAGGCCAAGGCGUGUUAUUAGAUCGUUCAGUGUUCAGUGAUUGUGUAUUUGCUGAUGUGAAUUAUCAAGAGAGAACUAUAUCAGAAGAAGGGUAUAGAUAUUACAAUGAGUUAAAGUCAAAAGCUCUCAGGUGUCUGCCAUUACCCAAUGUGUUGAUCUACAUUGAUGCUUCACCUGAUGUUUGCUUUGAAAGGAUUCACGGCAGAGGCAGAAAUUAUGAAAGUGGCAUUCCUCUAGCAUACCUUCAAGGUCUUGAUAAAGCCUACAAGAACAUGUUGAAUGAUAUGAGAAAUAGGGGAACGGAAGUCUUGGUUUAUGAUUGGGAGCAUUUUGGAUAUAAUUAUGAGGUUUCUMAAGAUAUCAAAAAUCUGACAAACACCACUUGGAAUCAAGAUAUACUGAAUAAAUUUGUAGAAAUAGUAUCAGAAAAAAGCAAAUUGAAUCGGGCUCUACACUUGGAUUACACCAUUCCAGAAGCAGAAUUUACUGAAGAUACAGAUGAAGAGAGUGAAUUGCUUCAGGCUGAAGAGCACAGACAUCACAAACUAGAAGCGGCAAAGAAAAAUUACAGCGUAGUUCAGACAGAUGAAAAAUGCACCUAAUGUCUUCACACCACAUUUUUCUAUGAAAAUACCUUGAACUGUACAUACAAUAUAUUGGUAUUUUAUCAGUAUUCAAUACAUAUUAUUUUUAUAAUCUAGCAAUUUCCUGUUUAAGGUGGCCAGUUAAUGAUUUUGCUCUUUCCAAUAUUAUGGUUUAUCAUUUUACAUCUCAGUACCAUGAAAUGUCAUCAGAGAUGACAAUAAUAGUUUAAAUUAAUACUAUACAUUUUUAGUGACCUGAAGACAGUACUCAUAUCAGUAAUUAUUACUGUACGUCACAUAAAAUCAUUAUAUAGUUGUAGAGUACAGAUUUUGUAAAAGGGCAUACAUGUAGAGUGAACGUACUUAAUCCGUGAAACAAAUAGUACUAAUUACUACUAAAUAGUGUGGAUUAUACAAUAGGAAACAAAGGAAUUUGUAUAAUUUAUCACCUAUUUUGUAGUAUUUAUAUUUCAUGCAUUUAGUACGAGCACUCUAGAUCAAGGCGCAUAAGGACGAGAUGGUCAUCAAGUACUCACCAAACAUUUUUACCUGCAGGGUAAAGCGCAAUCUCAGAAAACAUUUAAUACAUCUAUGUACUUGUACAAAAUCUGCCUUUACUAUCAUAACAUGUAAACAUCCAGAGAUUUUAGUUUUGACACUUGGAAGACAAAAGACAACUAUUAGAUAAAAUCCUCAUCCAGCACAUUAAUUCCAUACAAAAGCUAUAAAGRAGUGGAAAAUGUUAUCCAACCUUUGUACAAUGUGUGUGCAAUUUAUGUAGAUGUACUAUAGCCUUGAACAAAUAUGAUAUCAAUCUUGUACAGUGAAGUAGAUCUCAAUGUACAUUUGUAGGUCACCUAGUAAUAAUAGUGUAAAACAAAUAUCACGUUUCUGCUCAGCCUUCAUACAUAAGCCUUCAAUGGAGACAUUCAGUGAUAACUGCUAUAAUAUACAACAAUAGCAAAUUAUGACAAUUUUAAAUAUUUUGCAAUGCUGGCAUUAUUUCAUGAGAAUUAYUUCAAUGCCAAUGUUAAAAAAGGAGAUUUUCACUCUUUCAGAGUAACCUUUCCAGCUCCGGAAAGCAAUUAAGUUUAGAAUUUUCAUUUUUGUAACAUUGCUGGGAACCAGAAAGUAGUAUUUAGUACUAAGGUUUUUUGAAACAGCUAUAUCCUACAUUAGUAAGGCAAUAAGKCAAAUGUUCAUUUUUAGGUAAAAAUGAUUGUCAUCAUUUCAACUCAAGCACAGGAUUAGCUAGUCUUCACAAUUCUAUUUAUUGAAAAUUUUUAUCGACAUAAUAAAACACUGAUAAAUAGUAAUUAAUAUUUAUUGACAUGCUUUGCCAUUAAUUGCUUGAAUUUUAAUCGUCAUUAAUGACAAAAAGGAUUAUUCCCAUAWUGCAGUACUAUACUAUUGUUUAAAUGUUAUUUCUAGGUUCUCUUUACAAAUUGUACAAUAGUUGGGCUCUUCAGUUCUUUUAUACAAAUAAAUGCAUUUUUAGUAUAA